CGGGUGAUUCCUUCCUGUAGAACAGAAACGGCAGCGCGUCGCUGUCACGCAACGGCGGAGCCUCUCCCGCGCCCCCAUACGGAGCUGUGGGCUCGGCAUCCUUGCGGCACCUCGUGCGCAGCCCCCGCGUCCGGGGCCCGAGGGAAGGGCAGAGCCGCGGUCGAGCCGCGCCGGAUGGGGCGGUGGCUUCCGCGGGCCACGCAGCCGCGGCCGGGGCGAUGUGGGAGCCGCGGGGCGCGGCGGUGAGGGCGGCGACGGUGGCCCUGCUGCUCGGGGCCGGCGCCUGCUACUGCCUGUGGCGGCUGGCGGCGGGCGGGCGGCGGGGGCGGCGAGCAGCGGCCGCGCGGGGCCCGCCGGCAGACAGCAGUCCUCCAGUGUCAACCCAUACCAUGGAUGUGGAUGCUCUACAGAAACUUAUUCAUUUGCUCCAGGCCACAGAUGAUCCAUUAAUUCAAGAGCAAGCUUUAAUCACUCUCAGCAACAGUGCUGCCUUCUCUGUAAAUCAAGAUAUAAUCCGAAAUUUGGAUGGUCUUUCUGUUAUUGGAGGGAUGCUCUUCAACUGUGUUCCCAAAGUUAAAGAAAAAGCACUAAAUGCACUUAACAAUUUGAGUAUGAAUAUUAAAAAUCAGGAAGAGAUACAGGUAUUUAUUACACAAGUGUGUGGGACUGUUGAGUCAGCUCCCCUGAACUCUGAAGUGCAGCUAGCUGGACUCAGGCUGUUGACAAAUAUGUCUGUUACCAGUGACUACCACCAAAAGAUGAUAAACUCAAUUCCAUGCUUUCUUCAUUUGCUUUCAGAAGGAACUGAAAGGACACAGAUUCAAGUUUUGAAAGUACUUGUGAACUUAUCUGCAAACCCAGCCAUGACAAGACAUCUUCUCAGAGCUCAAGUGCCAUCAUUUGUGUUACUUUUGGACAACUGUGCAAACAGAGAUAUUCUGGUUCGAGCCCUGGCGUUUGCAGCAAACUUGAAAAAGAACAUGAACGAUGAGGAAGGCACCAAGAUUGAGGAAUACAGUGAAGACUCAAUUUUCUUCACACUCAGCAGGGACUCUGCCCCAUUUGCUCAGAGACUGGCAUCUUUGCUGCAUCACCCUGACACAGAAGUGAAAGAGCAAGUUGUGAGAAUAUUAACACAAUAGUGCUGUUUUCUUAAAACAGACUGACCUAAUGAAAAUAUCUAAUCUUGGCAAUGCUAGGCUAAGAAAGACUGCAACAAGUAAACAAUACAACAAUGAUGGAGAAAAAAAAGCCCUAAAUACUAUCAGAUAUUUUUUACAAGCAAGAGAAAAGAAAUAGCUUAAUUAUUACUGACAAACCACUGCACAGUUGCUACAUUUAUGCAAUGGAGGCAAACAGUUUAAAACAUGAAAACAUUUAUAUGUAAAAUGAACAUUUUAAAUGAAUGAGUGAAAUGAAAAUAUCCUUUGCAAUGUCAAAGACUUUUUUUUUUUACUUUAAGUGUUUACAGCUGUUGAAUAAAUACCUCAUUAGAAUUGUGCAUUAAAGAUUUAGUAAUUGAAGAUUAGGCAUUUAUAUUUUAUUAGUCUACCUAUGAAAAUGGUACAGCUGAAUCUUACAAAAUAAUAUUAAAUAAAAACAAUACCAAACUAU